UUCUCCUUCUCCUUCUCUCUCUCUCUCUCACGGAUACUACCACCACCUCUGGGAAGAUGGUUGUUCUGCUGCAGCUGGUCACCCUCUACUCCCUGCGCGUGCUGAGCGGAGCGUCCGCCGCCACUCACUAUAAUUGCAACGCUCCUCUGGUGUCCACGCUGCCGCAGUCGUCCUUUCAGGGCUCGUCUCAGUCGUCCGCCGCCUACGCCGCUCACAACGCCAAGCUCAACCGGAGAGAUGGAGCAGGAGGCUGGUCCCCCGUGGUGACCGAACAGGAGCCCUGGCUCCAGGUGGACCUCAAGGAGCAGAUGGAGGUCACGGCCGUGGCCACGCAGGGCCGCUUCGACAGCUGGGACUGGGUGGGCGGCUUCCUGCUCCUCUACAGCGACACGGGCCGAGCCUGGAAGCAGUACCGGCAGGAGGACGGCGUCGGGAGGCUGGUGGGGAACGUGAACUCGGAGGCCGUGGUCCAGAACAAGAUGGCCGCCCCGCUGAGGACGCGCUUCCUGCGCUUCGUCCCUCUGGACUGGAACCCCAGCGGCUGGAUGGGCCUGAGGGUCGAGGCGUACGGCUGCUCCUACAAGUCCUACCUGGCCGACUUCGACGGCCGCAGCUCGCUGCUGUACCGCUUCAACCAGAAGUCCAUGUCCACGGUGAAGGACGUGAUCUCGCUGAGGUUCAAGAGCCACCAGGCCGACGGGGUCCUGCUGCACGGGGAGGGGCAGCGGGGCGACUACGUCACCCUGGAGCUGCACCGCGGGGCCCUGGACCUCUACCUCAACCUAGACGACAGCCGGCCCCGGCCCAGCGGCGGCCGCGUGGCCGUCACCGUGGGCAGCCUGCUGGACGACCAGCAGUGGCACUCGGUCCACGUGGAGCGCUUCAACAAGCAGGUCAACCUCACGGUGGACGCCCACACACAGCACUUCCACACCCAAGGGGAGGGGCACUCUCUGGAGGUGGACUACGAGCUGAGUUUCGGAGGCAUCCCGCUGCCCGGUAAACCCGGCACCUUCCUGAGGAAGAACUUCCACGGCUGCAUGGAGAACCUCUAUUACAACGGGAUCAACGUCAUCGACCUGGCCAAGCGGCGCAAGCCACAGAUACACAGCGUGGGCAACGUGACCUUCUCCUGCUCGCCGCCCCAGCUGGCGGCCUGCACCUUCCUGAGCUCCAGCAGCAGCUUCCUGUCGCUGCCGGCGGCGGCGGAGGUGGCGGCGGGGGCGGGGCCUGCGGCGGCGGGGAAGAGCUUCGCCGUGCGCUUCCAGUUCCGGACGUGGAACCCGGAUGCCCUGCUGCUCUCCGUGCAGCUGCAGCCGGAGCCUCGCCGGCUGCGGCUGCACAUCAAUGGCAGCCGGCUGCAGCUGAGCCUCCGCGGCGCGGCCGCCGCCAGAUCGGAGGUCACCGGCGGUCAGCGGGUCAGCGACGGCCUGUGGCACUCGGUGGGUCUCCACACGGGGAACCGACAGAUCUCGCUGACGCUGGACGGAGAAGCGUCCGCCGCCAUCGAGCUGUGGGCGCCGCUGGAGGCCGGAGGCGGCGUCAACUUUGGAGGGUGUCCCCCGGCGGACUGUCAGGACCCGACUCCGGACUUCCAGGGAUGCGUGCGGCUCAUAUUCCUCAACGGCCAGCCGGUGAACCUCAACCGCGUCCAGCAAGGGCUGCUGGGAACUCACAACGAGCUUCGGUUCGACACGUGCGACAUCAGAGACAGGUGCCUUCCCAACCUGUGUGAACACGGCGGCCGCUGCUCUCAGACGUGGAGCUCGUUCUCCUGCGACUGUUCUGGAACCGGGUACUCCGGAGCCACUUGUCACAACUCCAUCUACGAGUCGUCUUGCGAGGCCUACAAGCUGAUUGGCAGCUCCUCAGGCUUCUACUCCAUCGACCCGGAUGGCAGCGGUCCCCUGGGGCCCGCCCAGGUAUACUGCAACAUGACAGAGGAGAAGGUGUGGACGCUGGUGGCCCACGACGUCACGUCUCCGGUGGCGGUGCAAGGUUCCUCCCUCCUCAAACCUCACGUCACCAGCUUCAACUACGGCGCCUCGGAGGAGCAGCUCCACGCCAUCGUGACGGGCUCCGAGCAGUGCCAACAGGAAGUGGUUUACAACUGCAAGAAGUCCCGCCUCUUCAAUACCAAAGACGGCAGUCCGCUGACCUGGUGGCUGGACCGUCACGGCGAGAGGCGGAGCUACUGGGGCGGCUUCCUGCCGGGGGUGCAGCAGUGCUCCUGCAGCCUGGAAGAGAACUGCGUGGACAUGAACUACUUCUGCAACUGUGACGCCGACUCCGACGCAUGGGCCAACGACACAGGGGUCCUCUCCUACAAAGACCACCUGCCGGUGAGCCAGCUCGCCGUGGGGGACACCAACAGGACGGGCUCGCGGGCCGUGCACCACGUCGGCCCGCUGCGUUGUUACGGAGACAGGUCCCUGUGGAACGCGGCGUCGUUCUACCAGGAGGCGUCCUACCUCUACUUCCCCACGCUGCAGGCCGAGCUCGCCUCCGACGUCUCCUUCCACUUCAAGACCGGCGCUCCGUCGGGGGUGUUCCUGGAGAACCGCGGCCUCAAGGACUUCAUCCGGGUGGAGCUCAGCUCUCCCUCAGUGGUGACUUUCUCCUUCGACGUGGGCAACGGUCCAGCGGUCCUGACCGUGAAGUCCCACCUGCCCCUGAACGACCGGCAGUGGCACUCCGUGAGGGUGGAGCGCAACGUGAAGGAGGCGUCGCUGCAGGUGGACCAGCUCCCGCCGCGCCUCCUGGAGGCGCCGGCCGACGGGCACCUCCGCCUGCGGCUCAGCAGCCAGAUGUUCGUCGGAGGAACGGCGUCCCAGCAGAGAGGCUUCCUGGGCUGCAUCCGGACGCUGACCGUCAACGGCGUCCACUUUGACCUAGAGGAGCGCGCCAAGGUGACGCCGGGCGUGACCCCCGGCUGCCCCGGCUACUGCACCGGCUCCACCAGCCUGUGCCACAACCGGGGGCGGUGCGUGGAGAAGAGCAACGGCUACGUGUGCGACUGCUCCCAGUCGGCCUACGGCGGGACCACCUGUAACCAAGAGGUGUCGGUGUCCUUUGAUGCCGACUCCUCGGUGACGUACUCCUUCCAGGAGCCGUUCUCCGUGAUGCAGCGCCCUCAGCCGGCGGGCGGCGGCCGGCGGGCCGGAGAGGACGUGACCUUCAGCUUUGUGACGAAGAGGAGGCCGGCCAUGCUGCUCAGCGGGAGCAGCUUCAGCCAGCUCUACAUCGCCGUCCUGCUGGCCAACAACGGGAGUCUUCAGAUCCGGUACCAGCUGCAGGCCGACCGGCGCCCCGACGUCUUCAGCCCCGGCGGCGCCAACCUGGCGGACGGGCGGCUGCACCGGGUCAGAAUCCACCGGGUGGGGAAGAACCUCUACGUGCAAAUCGACCAGGACGUCCACAGGAAGUACUCGCUGUCGUCGGAGGCGGAGUUUAUCUCAAUCAGGUCCCUGACGUUGGGGAAAGUCACCACGGGGAAGGAGCAGCUGGACGGCGAGGCGGCGGGUGCCGGGGGGCGGGGCUUCGUGGGCUGCCUCUCCGCGCUGCAGUUCAACCACGUCGCCCCGCUGAAGGCGGCGCUCGCCAACCGAGGAAGCCCAUUGGUCACCGUGAGGGGGCCGCUGGUCCAGUCCAACUGCGGAGCGCUGGCGGAGUCCACCUCACACACACUGCACGAUCAAACCGUGACGGCCAAUAAGGACGAGGAUCAGCACGGCGCCGCCCAGAAGGACUUGGCUGUGAUCGCAGGCGUGGUCACGGCGGUGGUCUUCAUCGCCGCGUGCGCCCUGGCCGUGAUAAGCCGCCUCCUCUACCAGCACCGGCGGGCGCAGCGGGACGGCGGCGGUGUCAAAGAGGAGAACCGACUCGGCACGUACACGGACUACCGGACAGAGCUGCACCUCCACAACCCGGUCAGGGAGAACACGAAGGAGUUCUACAUCUGACCCUGUGGCACCGGAGAGCCGCGGACCUACUGACCUCUGAAGGACUUGAAGGACUCACAGCUGGACGCGCCGCUGCAGGAUCCUUUUCUUUUUUCUGUUCUGACAAAAACACGUGGCCCGGAGGAGAGUCUCCCGGGAACACUGCCGCCUGAAACCGGCUCCGGUAUUCGAUGUUGGUGAAACUGUCCGAAACAUUCAAGCCGCUGUGGCGUUGCAAACAUUGUAAAGCAAGAAGGUGGGGAGGACGAGGGGGGCACCCGGAGGUGCGACGAGCGACAGCUGCUGUCCAUCCUGAAUGCGCACAACUUUUGUGUUACAACCCCUCCUUCCUCCCCUCCCCCCCCCCCCUUCAAAUGCGCGAUGCGUCUUCACUGCGGCGGGACUCACUAAAUUGUACUCGGCGAGUCGGGAAAAGUAGGCCAGGCCUGUAAGAUAUGCGUUAGCUGCUGUCUUUGUUUUUUUGUUCCCAGUGGUGGUGAAUGUUCUAGAAGAAGAGAGAUGGGGAUGGGGUGGUCGGGGACAACACUGCCUAUAUACUGUAUGAGUGCCUAAUUUGCAUACAAGUUUUUAUUUGAACAUUUUUAGAAGUUAUUCAUGCGAUUUGCUGGAAAAGCAAUCUCAUUUCCACAAGAGGAGCUUCACGGUGUCAUUAUGUUUGAAACCUUCUCUAUAGUUUGAGUUUCCCGCCCCACCAGCUAGCUGACCCUCGAGUUUCUUUCCCCGUUUUUUGAAGUAGCACAGAAACCUAAAAUCCUGUAAUCUUCUUGUCAACCGGAUCCACCUUCAAGUGUUUCAGGGGGAUUUUUCCCCCAUAAGUUUAUCCCCAUAAAAAAAAAAAGCAUAGCACACCAUUCAGACCUCAUUUAUUUAUUAUUAUUAUUAUUAAUAAUUGAUAUUACUGUGCAAAAAAAAAAAGAAGAAGAAAAGGUGCAACAUGUAGGAUCCUCCACCACUGGGUUCACACGACCUGAAUGUGAUAUUAACAUAACAGCAGGGGGCUGCCACUAUAACUCUUAUAAUAUAAUAAUUUACAUGAGCCACCUUUGAGUUUACUUCUUUUUUUUCCUGCCACUUUGGAUUUAAUCCACACGACAAACAACGAGAGCAUUAUCGACAAGCUCUCCUUCCUCGCCCUCGUCUUCACGUUGGACGCCGGGCAGACCGGACAGCUCCGGUGACCUCGCCGUGACCUCCGGGGGAUCAAGUGGUAUUAAAGGACCUUUUCCGGGGUCGGCGGUAAAUACCUCGGGCAGCACAAGACGUUGACGCAUAUAAGCAUUUUUUUAAAUCACAUUAGUUGACUUCAUGGUUUUACUUUUCUUUAUUUUUUACCUUACACGUUGCACAUGUAAGAAUUCCAAAAGCAAUGAUGUACAUCGGAUGGCGAAAGUAGCAGAAAAUGAACUAGCUAACGGAGAACGGAGAGGACUAUCACAUGCACGUAAAUGCAAAGAGGACGUACACACGAGUCAAAAUAUCUUCAGGCUGAAAAACCCGACAGUGGUAUUAAACCUGGCCGUGAAGCAGCUCUCGGGCGUGGCGUUGGCGUUCUUUGGCAAACGCGCGGCGUUCACAGCGAGCGCCGAGUACUCGCAGGAAGGUCAGUCGAACCAGAUUUUCGGUGGGAUGGAACUACAGCCCAGCACAGCUGCAGUUGGCUCCGGGGCCGCGACCUUCACGGUACUCUGAGUGACUCCGUGCCGCUGUUUGAGGCUGGUGUGCUCGACGCCAUGACAGCCCCCCCCCCCCCCCCCCGCUACAGAAGGGUUGUAGUGCGUCCGUGAUUGAGCGCCAGCGCUUUAAAGCUUUUUGCAGAUGCAAGAAAAAAAGGCCACCUGGCCGUAAUGUUAUUUGUUUAUUAUCUGGACUACAGGGAUACGUGGAGUUUUCUACAUAUUUCGAGCAGAAUACCUUUUUAUAUACAUCGUACACUGGUUGAUUCCUUAGAAGAGGAAGAAAAACAUCACCCAAAACAAGGCUGAACGUCCAGAGCUAAACCUCGUAGUGCGGUGAGCCCGCAAUGCGCAUUAAACACCAGAGAACAGAAAUUAAAGCAUGGAUGCAAAAUGAAGAUUUAGCUCUUCUUCUUCUUUUUCUUUUAGAUCUUUACCAACUAGUGAGGCUAAAAAUACUAAAGUUUGACCUGCGAGCAGAAAAGCGACGUUAGCUAAAAUCUCUAAACGAGCUCGUUGGCUGCAGCUGCUCCUCGUCAGUUUGAGCCGAGCAUAAAAGGGUUGGAGCUGAAUCCGAGGCUCGGGGGUGUGUGUCCUGUCAUGAAUGAAUGAAGUCAUUGCUCGGGAUCAUAAAUGUCUGUACGGAGAAAAAAAAAUUCUAAGGAAAGCGAUCCAACAAUUGUGAAGAUAUUUUUCCGUCGGUUUAUAUUUUUUCUCCACAAUUUUUGGCUCGAUGCACCGAUGGAUGAGAAAAUAGACUCGAUGAAGCAUCGCCGCCUCCGUCUGGCUAGAGGUCACGUGACUGAAAGCGACCCGAGGUGGUGGCACAGUCAAAAGAUCAUCUGGGGCCCCAUCUGUGCAUGUCCUUGUUAUUUAAGUCUCAAGAUGUGAUAGUCUGCAGAUCUCCAGUUAUCAGUGAAUGAAUAACAUACCUCUCAAGAGUGCUUUGGUUAUAUUGCAAUGGGUUUUAACACGUGGUUACGUCUUCUUAAUGAUUUGUAUAGCUGCAGUUUUAUUAAGGAUCUAUUGUAUAGAUGUAUAAUUUAAUAAUAAAAGUGAAUAUAUUGAUUAA